AUGAAGAUUAAUGGCGAAAUCUUGAAACUGAAAACACCAGUAAUAACGUUGGACGUAGUAAAAGACUACCCAGGUCAUGUUUUACUGGAAUCAGAAGCAGUGAAGAAGUUUGUUGUCAGAGCUAAGCCACUGAAACCAGAACAAGAACUGAAGCCAAACAAAAUAUAUUUCCUUGUUGAAUUGCCUUUGUUUCCUAAAGAAGAAAUUAGUAGAGUUCCAAGAAGAGUGAAAUCUGCUGUUCAGAUGAGUGCAAAGGGUCGACUCGAGUGUCUCAUGUUAACACGAAGAUCGGCUUCUGAUUUGUCGAUUUCGAAGCCGAAUAAUGGACCGAUUCAGUUGAAGAUGAAGUUGCCGAGGAGUUUAGUUCAGAAGCUGGUAGAAGAAGGGGAAGUAAAGAUGAAGUUGGUGGUUCUAGUCGCUGAGACGGGAGGUAGUUCCUCAGCGGCUGCUAAUGUUGGUGAGUUAAGCACUCCUUUGGUGGCUACGACAGGCGGUUCCACCUCGUUGGUGGCGAAAGGAGGAAGGGAUGCUGUAGAAGAUGAAUACGAGUGGAGAGCAUCCGUCAAGCCAGCAUCCGCUCGGGGAUAUUUUUGCGGGCGCUGGAGAAGUACCGCCGCUACCGAGAUUAGUGCCGAGAGAUGCGCGUGCGCUUGA